CACCAUGUGGUUCCUGGUUCUAUGCCUUGCCCUGUCCCUGGCGGGGACUGGUGCCGCACCCCCUGUUCAGUCCCGGAUCAUAGGCGGCUGGGAUUGUACGAAGAAUUCUCAACCGUGGCAGGCAGCUCUGUACCAUUACAGCAAGUUCCAGUGUGGGGGUGUCCUGGUGCACCCAGAGUGGGUGCUCACCGCUGCCCACUGCAUAAACGACAAUUACCAGCUCUGGCUGGGUCGCUACAACCUGUUCGAGCAUGAAGACACGGCCCAGUUUGUCCAGGUCAGAGAGAGCUUCCCUCACCCUGAAUUUAACCUGAGUCUCCUGAAGAACCAUACCCGCCUCCCAGAAGAGGACUACAGCCAUGACAUCAUGCUGCUGCGCCUCGCAGAGCCCGCUCAGAUUACGGAUGCUGUGAGGGUCCUGGACCUGCCCACCCAGGAACCCCAAGUGGGGAGCACCUGCUAUGCCUCUGGCUGGGGCAGCAUCGAACCCGAUAAGUUCAUAUACCCAGAUGAUCUCCAGUGUGUGGACCUCGAACUCCUGUCCAAUGAUAUAUGUGCCAAUGCCCACUCCCAGAAGGUUACAGAGUUCAUGCUGUGUGCUGGACACCUGGAGGGCGGCAAGGAUACCUGUGUGGGUGACUCAGGGGGCCCACUGAUCUGCGAUGGUGUGCUUCAAGGAAUUACAUCCUGGGGCCACGUCCCAUGUGGCAGUCCCAAUAUGCCUGCGGUCUACACCAAAGUGAUUUCACACCUGGAGUGGAUCAAGGAGACCAUGACAGCCAACCCCUGAAUGCAACCAUCAUGUACCUACCCCCAGUAAAAUCAAAUACGCAUC